GAAAGUAAGACUCACCAGUGGAAAAGUUCACUUUCCCAUAGACAAUUUUAUGUAUUCUGUGACGAAGAAUGUUGAGUUGAGACUCUGUGGUCCAAACAACUGAAGUUCCUAGGUCAACAAUGUUGUGACACUGUUCAUUACUACUGCAAUAUAAAUCUGAUGAAGUCAAAAAAAGGAAAGCUUUAUGUAAUUGAAUUCCGUGAUGGUGUGACUGCCAUAUUAUAAGCUUAUAUUUGAAAUAACUUCUACUAUUUAGUUACAUGAUAUCGGCCUGUAAGUUUAAUUCCAUGAGCAGCAACAGCGAAGUAAAUGGCCAUCAGCCGCCUUCAUCACAACAAUCAGCGCCACCAUCGGACCCUCGUUUGAGAAACGGGUCAUCCUCGGACCCACAGAGAAUAUGCCGUGACUAUGUUUGGGGUAUUUGUGGCAAAGGCACGCAGUGCAAAUUUCGUCACGACUUUGAUGUGGGGUCAAUGAAAAACAUAUUGAAGUUCUGCCACGAUUAUCAAAAUAGAACUGGAUGCGCGCGUCCUGACUGUACCUACUUGCAUACCACAAGAGAGGAGGAGAAUCUUUUCCUGACUACUGGUCAGAUACCUAGAGCGCUAGCCGAGAGACACGCAGCCAUGUUUUCUGCACCAAUGAACGUGUUUGUGAACGAGUACUUGGGCCAGGCUCCACCUCCCCCUCCACCGCCGCCGCAGCCCGCGGCCGCUCCGGUGGUGGCGCCUUCAUGUGCGACUGCUGCUCCGCCACCCCCGCACCCUUACGUGACUGCUCAGCCGCCGCCGCCCCCAGCACCUCUGAGGCCUCUGCUAGCGCCUCCGCCACCGCCGCCACCUCCGCCGCCUCCACCGACUAUGGCUACUGUGCCUGCGCAAAUGACCCCGCCUGUGUUCACAGCUCCUGCUCCAUUCAACAGUCCUGCUAUGUAUGCUGCUACUCAACAGUCACCACCUCUACCCAUGUUUGAUGCCAGCAGGCCUCCUCCACAAAUGUCAACAGUUGCACCUAAAACUAAAAAAACUGUUGUGGUAAAACGUCCGGCUGAAUGUUCUGAGGCCGGGCCAAGCAAAGCGAGAAAACUGGAGAGCUCCAAACUUGAAAGACUCUGCGAAAGCUGUGUCCAGCGGGAACUCAGGUUUGACACGAAAAGAUUCAUCACUAUAUUUGUACGCAUGAAAUUCCUAUCGAUAAAAAUAUUCGAGUCUUAAUAUGAGAAGUAAAAGAGAAUGGUCAUGAAUCGGCGAGUGUUUUAAGCGAAGUGCGUUCUGACACCGAU